GGAACCGUAGUGAGUGGAAGACCGAGCUCUUCCCUCUCUCUCUACAUAGUCUCAAGUCUUCGCCUGCUAGCCUCAUCGCACCCUUCGCUCUCUUUGGGUGCGUAAUCUAGGGUUUCUUCAAAUCCGAGCUUAAUCCCCACUAUUUCUUCACCAAGAACAAUUCGCUGAUUACAUACGCCUGUCAAUCGCGAUUUUAAUGGAGGAAAUUCCGGAUCAGGGGAUGGAGGAGACCAAGAAGUCGGAGCCCCAUUUGACAUCAGCCGCAGCUUUUGUGGAGGGUGGAAUCCAGGAAGCCUGUGACGAUGCUUGCAGCAUUUGCCUUGAAGCCUUCUGUGAUAGUGAUCCUUCCACGGUGACCAGUUGCAAGCACGAGUUUCAUCUGCAAUGUAUUCUUGAAUGGUGCCAGAGAAGCUCCCAGUGCCCCAUGUGUUGGCAAUCCAUCAGCCUGAAGGAUCCAACCAGCCAGGAAUUGCUUGAGGCAGUAGAAAGAGAGAGAAGUUUUAGGUUCAAUCCAUCUAGAAAUGCCACUAUAUUUCAUCAUCCAACUCUGGGGGAUUUUGAGUUACAUAAUCAGUUACCAGUAGGUGCAAAUGAUGCCGAACUCGAGGAGCGUAUAAUCCAGCACUUAGCUGCUGCUGCUGCAAUGGGACGAGCACGCCAUAUUGCAAGAAGGGAAGGCCAUAGGAAUAGGUCAUCAGCUCAAGGUCGUCCACAGUUCUUGGUAUUCUCAGCUCAUCCUAAUUCACCUCCUGCUGCUUCUGCUCCAGUUCAGAGGGGGGAAGGUGAAAAUGCUCCUGCAGCCACUGUAUCUGCUGUUGGAGAAGAACCAUCACAACUCUCUUCUUCAGUACCUCCUCUCGAAACUGACCAGAUUUCUGCCUCAGCAUCAGGUUCAAGUGGUCUAGCUGCCAAUCAACGCGGAUCAGAUAGCAGGUCUCCUAGUCAACCAUCACCAAGUAGUCAUGAUAGGGCAGGACCAUCAGAUCUCCAAUCUUUUUCAGAAUCGUUAAAGUCUCGGUUAAAUGCAGUGUCAACAAGAUACAAAGAAUCCAUUUCAAAAAGCACGAAAGGGUGGAGGGAGAGAUUAUUCUCUCGUAACACUUCUAUGGCAGAUCUUGGUUCUGAAGUUAAAAGAGAGGUAAAUGCAGGGAUUGCAACUGUAUCACGCAUGAUGGAGCGUCUGGAAACCAGAGACAAUAGUAGAACAGGUGCUGCUUCUGUAUCAAAUAGUUUAGAUAAUACUUCAGUUGCAGAGUUAGACAACCAGCAUGCAUCAGAGACUGGUGGUGACAAUUGCUUGAGAGACACAAAUAAGCAAGCUUCAUGUGCUGCUGGCUCCAGUUCAACAUAAGCAUUAUUGCUGCUGCUUAAAGCAUUUCCUUAUAUAAAGGUAGAACUGGCCUUUUCCAGAUAUGAAAUGCAGUGGAUAUGAUGCUUUUCCAUCCUCUCAAGGCCAAUUUGAUUGUCCCGUUACAUGUGAAAAGGGCGUAGGCAACUGAUAUCUAAUUUGGAAUAAAGGAACUAGAGGGACAUAGCUCCUGCAGUAGAAAUCAGUACGUGUUCUGUAAAUUGAUUUAAUAUAAAAAGACCUUUAUGAAUUUAUAUUAUACAGAGUUGCACUGCUUUUAUAGACUUUAUCAAUGAUCACUUGGAACAUGAGUAUUUUGAUA